AUGGAGGAUCUCAAGGAACUCGUGAAUAAAGUGAAUUCCAUCCUGGAUACAAACUACAACAUGAUAUCCUUUGAUUCCCUCUCUCCGGAAGGAUUAAUCCAAGUCCUCGUGGAUGUUCUCGCAAAGCUCGAAUGCUGUGAACAUUUGGAUGCUCGUGGGGGGAAUUUUGAGGAAGUCAACAGGAAAAUCAUUGAGAGUCUCAAAUGCAUCCAAUAUCGCCCCAAAGAGGAAUUCACGAAGAAUCCCGAAAUGUUCCGUCGUGGCCUGGCUAAUGGGGAGAAGAAGGUGAUUUAUCCCAUAAUCUCGUGGAUUUGGGCAAAUAAGGAUACCAUCAAGGAAGUAGCCUACCUAUCCAAGUACCUAAUGCCCUUGAAUUUACCCAUUGAAGCACGAGCCAUUCCGGAAAUCUCCCGCCUCUGGGAGCAAUAUCAGACGGUGAUGCAGGACUUCGUGGACAUCCACAGGGCCUACAGUGUUGCCCAGGGAGAGGGAAAUCGCGCCAAGGAGCUAAAGAAUGACAUUGGAGCCAUUGAGAUGGAAAUUGAGAAUGUCAAGAAGCGCCUGGAGCGUACUCAGCUGCGCCUGGAUAAGAUCCCGCAGCAGGAACUCUUUCUCGAAGCAGGGAGAGCGCUGAGAAUUGAAAAGGAUCGCAAUAAAGAGUUGGAAUCGCAGCUGGAUGAGCAAAAGAGGACCAUUGAGAGGAAUAAUUUGCUCCAUUCGAGACUCCAAAAGGAACUAUCUACAGCACAAAUGGCAACAGCUAGUACGGGGCCAAAGAAUCUCCUGGACACACUCAUUGAUGAGACGCAGGUUAUGGAUUUUAUGCUCAAACAGAAACUCCCCGUUGAGCUGAAGGAGAAGCAGGAUGAGAUUGUUCUCAUGCAGCGUGUGCUUGAGGAGCCAAAAAUUACGGAAGAAUAUCUCACGGAAUUAAAUAGAAAGAUUGAGGAAGUCAAUCAGGAAGUGCAGUCCUUGGUGGAGGCUAGGAUGCACGAGCAUAGUGCUCACAACGACACAUUGGGACCAUUUAAGCAACAAGCAGCCAUGGUGAGGCGCAACAAAGAGCUAACGCUUGAGCAGCUGGAUAAGACAACCAGGGAACUUCGAGAACUCAACGCGACACUCGAGGUGAAGCAAAAGGAACUCCAGGACACGGUUGGGGAGGUGAUUCUACGUGGAGAUGAGCUCAAGAACUACGUGAAUACACUGCGAGCAAAGAGCUCCGUCUACAAGCAACAUCGUGCCGAGCUGGCUUCUCUGCAAUCCGAAGAGAUGGACUUGCAGAAGACAUUUGAUAAUCUCAAAUCUCAAGAUCCCUCAAUUCAGGCAUCAUUCACGGAAGAGGGAUCAACUGAGGAGGAUAUUUUGCGUCCAAGCUCACCGCAGGAAGCUCAGGGAGUUGCUGAACUUUCGAGACUCGUUGAGGGACUCUCAAGAGCCACAAUGGCUGCCCGGGAGAGGCUCGUACCUCUCUCACAGAACAUUCGUCCACUCCGGGAAAAAAUUCUCGAGCUCAAGGAUAUACAUGAGUCUAAGAAGCAGGCUUAUGAUGCAUUGAGUGCAACACUAAAAGCCGAAUCAGCUUCAAUGCAGAAGGAUUGCAAUGAAACGGAAGCUCUCAUUGGGAAUUACGAGGAGGAAUGGCGGGAAUUGCAGCUAGAGCAGGAAAGGAUUGAGCAGCUGCUCAAGGGAAUGGGGCAGGAUGCUGCAGAUACGAAGGCAGCCUCAUCCAUCGGGGAGGCCUUGACGCAUCAAAUAAGGGAUGAGGAAAAAGCCAUCUCGAGUUUAAAUGAGGAAAAUCAGCGUCUCCUGUCUCUCAGGGAUAAACGUGAGAAGCAGGUUGAGCUCUGGGGGGAUCUCAAUAAACUCCUUCAGGUGAAAAUUCAAUGUCAACGCGAGAGGAAGAAUCAGGGAAUUGGGGGUGUUUUGCACGUUGACAGAGGAGCGGAAACGUUCACUCUUCAGUAAUUUCCUCACGAGAAUUUUCCCAAAGAUUUCCCAGAUUUGCAAUAAAUGUUCAAUU